CCCACCACCACAGCUACCAGUUCCCAAACCAUGUCCAAACGGUGCUCCUUCUCCUCCGAGACACAAGCCACAGAGUCGCCCCUCGUUCCCUUACUACCAGCGUGGUAGAGCAAGGGGCUACAGGGGCGGGCUGUACCGAGAACACAUGUUUGAAGACCCAGCCGUGAUGAGGAUAGUCGAGGGUCGUCCAAACAUUAAGAGUCUUGACAGUGCCAUUGUGGAUUUUGGGAACGCUAUGUACCGGGAAAAUUUUGAGGAUGACAGCGCUAUAGUUUGUGUGAUUGAUGGUCCCAGAGGCCGUGGUCAGCGGCUGGACUCGCCAUAUCCAUUCUCUUGCUUCAGAGGGAGGAGAGAGCCCAGAGGGCUCUACUCCAGGAGGCCAUUUUGCCAAAGAGGUCUCUCCCAGAUGCAGGCACCAGUUCCAGAAACACCUGCCUUCUCACGGCAACCCCUGACUCCCAGGCAGCUCUACAAUCAGACGGGAAGGUUCAUAUCCCAUUCCGGCCGUCCUUGCCCUUCCACUCCGCAGUCUUUGCCUCCGAAGGUCUUGCAACUUCGUUUUGGCGCCAACUCGCCGACGCCAUCCCCUUUCUACAGCCCUUCCUCUAACCCGGUGCAGCAUUUCAGAUUCCCAGGACCAGUGACUCAACUCCACCCGCAACACAAACGCUUACUUAGUCAAAAACAACGCAUUUCCCACAGAAAGAUGGAAGACUUGGACCCUUACUGUAAUAUCAUGACGGCUAAAGAAAAGGAGUGGAUCAUCAGGCUUCAGAUGAUUCAGCUGCAAAGUGAGAAUCCUUACCUUGAGGACUACUAUUACCAGGAGUACUAUCGAAGAAUAGAAGCCAAGAUGGCAGAGGAGGAACUCGGCAUCCGGGGCAAGAGGGAGCCACCCAAGCUUACCACACCUUACAUCACAAAGACUGAGGCCUACACGCCAGUGGUGCACAUUGAAGGCUCCUUGGGUCAAGUAGCAGUGUCUACGUGUUACUCUCCUCGCCGUGCCAUUAGCGCCGUUCAUGGUGUCCAAGCUCACACGUCCCAUGAGGUACCGAAGGACAUCAGACAGCAGCGGUUAGAGGUCCUCAGCCAAAUAGAAAAGUUGUUUAUGACUCUGCUGGAGGUGGAAGAGAGCGGUAGGAAAAAUAGCAGCGUCCCGUCUGAAUCCGAAGGAGGACAGCUGAAGGAGAAAACCCAGUGGACGGCGGAGCACAUUUACACACAGAUGAAACAGCACAAUCUAGGAGAACCAGGAGGGGAGUUUCUUCCUUUCCUGUUCGUUUCCAAAGGCAAAAAGCUUCUGGCUCGUCUGCUUCCGUUCCUGAAGCGCGAGUCCACACUCAAAAUCUUGCAUAUUGUGACGUCCAACUUACCAACGCUGAUGAGCAGAGAUUCUGAAGAGAGCCUUCCCGUUCUCUACCAGCCUCUUCGAAAUGUGAUUGCAGCGCUAACGUUCAGUCAGCUCAUCAGGGUCCUCAAAGACCUGACCUCAUCAGAGUCCUUGUCAACGUACGAGUGUCUGACACUGGUGUGUCAGAACAAGUUUGGACUGUCCUUACUGUACGCGCUACUGUCCCAAGGAGAGAAGCUCCUGUCGUCCGGUGUCCCGCUCGAGCCCAGCAUCGGUGACUUUGAGACCUGGACGGACACAAUAUUUCAAGUGGCCGGUCAGCUUUCUCAGUGUUCACUCGUGGAGCCCCUCAAUCUGCCGUCCAACCUGCUCACUCUUUUCUGCCGGUACUUGGACAAGAGAACUGUGUGUCAGCUUAAAUGCAACAUGGAGUCUGCUACUGGAUUCCUGGCUCUUCCAUCUUAAGCGGGACAAAACUGCUUUGGUGUUAAAAGCAGCAGCAACACAGACCUGUCAUGAACUUCUCUGUCUUCCUAAUAUAUGGAACAAUGUGUUAAUAUACUGUUUGUUUUUUCCAGAUCACUUUAACCUUUAACUCUGAUUUCAGCAUUGGACACAUUGUUUGGUUGUUUUUCUUUUGUUUGUUUUUGCACACAAACCCAUUUCCAUUUCCUUUAUCUGAUCUUUUCCUUGGUCUCCUGUAGCUUUUUUUUUUUUUUUUUUUUAAACUUAAUGUUAAUUUCUUGUGCUCAACAUGCACGUAGCUUGUAGAGAAAUAGAUGAUAAGACAAGUACUAUCCACACUCAAUGAGUCGUGUUUAUAAAUCCUGUACAAUUGAACUCAAACCAAACGGUAUGUAUAAAUUCUGAAGAUGAUAGUUAGCUUAGCGUAGCAUUAUUUUGUAAAGUAGCCAAUCCUGUUGUGAAUAUCUUUUAAAAAAAAACCAACAGGGUGAACUUCUUUGAGUCUAACAGGGUAACCAGGGUAAGGAAGGUGUAAUGACUGAACAGUGGUUCAGCUGUACAGACUUUGUACAUAAGCCACAGAGUUUUUGGGGUUUUUUUUUUUUUUUUUGCGGGCGCAUGUAUUAAGUGUAAAGAAGGGGGG